AUGUUCCCCCUUUACCUUCAGUCCCGUGCUACACCAAACACCCGUGAGCUAUUUUCCAGGUCCUGUGAAAAAAUGAACGUCGUCAAAGAUAACAAAGAUCUGGCCUGUUUCUACACCACCAAACACUCCUGGAGGGGGAAGUACAAGCGUGUAUUCUCUGUGGGCACCCAUGGCAUUACAACAUACAAUCCUACAACAUUAGAAGUAACAAACCAGUGGCCUUAUGGGGACAUCUGUGGCAUCUCUCCUGUGGGGAAAGGACAAGGGACGGAGUUCAACCUCACAUUUCGAAGAGGCACAAACAAGAAGUCGGAGACGCUCAAGUUCUCCACAGAUCACCGAACGGAGCUGCUCACGGAAGCACUGCGAUUCAGAACAGAAUUCUCGGAGGGAAAAAUCACCGGCAGGCGCUUCAACUGCUACAAACACCACUGGAGCGACACGCGGAAGUCUGUGAAUCUGGAGGUGACUCCGGGCGGCAUCGACCAGAUCGACCCCCAGACCAACAGAGUGGUCUGCUCCUACGAUUACCGAAACAUCGAGGGCUUUGUGGAGGUGACCGAUUACCAAGGGGGCUUCUGUAUCCUUCACGGAGGCUUCAGUCGGCUGCAUCUCUUUGCCUCGGAGAAUAGAGAUGAAAUCAUUCGCAGCGCCAUAGAACACGCAGGGAAUUUCAUCGGCAUCACGCUCCGGCUGCGGAAGGACCCCCUGAGCUUCGAGGGCUUUCUGACGGACAGACUGGGGAAGUACAGCUCCGACGAGAGCAUCACGUCUCUAGCAGAGUUUGUGGUUCAGAAGAUCACGUCUCGGCAUCCGGAACCCGUGAGACGGAUCUUGGCGCUGACAGAAACGUGUUUGGUAGAGAGAGACCCGGCUUCUUACAACAUAGUUACAGUAAAACCUUUUGGAGAGGUAUUUGCACUUAUUUGUGACGUAGACAACCCUCAGAUUUUCACAGUUGAAUUUAUCAGAGGACAGAUUAGAAAGUUCUCCUCCACAGAAAGGGACUCCUUGUUAGCGAGCUUGCUUGAUGGAGUACGUGCUUCAGGCAACAGAGAUGUGUGUGUCAAGAUGGCCCCCACUCAGCGAGGGCAGAGAUGGGGGCUCCUGAGCAUGCCUGUGGACGAGGAAGUGGAGAGCUUACAUCUUAGAUUCUUGGCAGCACCACCAAAUGGAAACUUCGCUGACGCCGUGUUUCGCUUCAACGCCAACAUAUCGUACAGCGGGGUUUUACACGCCGUGACUCAAGAUGGCCUUUUCUCUGAGAACAAAGAGAAGCUCAUUAGCAACGCCAUCCUGGCCCUUCUGUCGCAGGAGGUGGAGUUACCGGCGGUGAACAGUGAGCUGGAGAGCCACUUCCAGGCCAUCCGACGCCUGGUGGCCUCUAAAGCCGGGUUCCAGGCCUUCACUCAGCUCCCCAAGUCUGGUCAAGGGUCUGGACUCUCAGAUGGAACAUUUAGGGAAAAACUGGGCGUGAAGACGGUCAAAGCUUUAAAAAGGAACAACAACGGUGUGACGCACGCCGCCAUCGACAUGCUCUGCGCCCUUAUGUGUCCGAUGCACGACGACUACGACCUGAGGCAAGAGCAGCUAAACAAGGCCUCGCUCCUGUCCUCGAAGAAAUUCCUGGAAAACCUCCUGGAGAAAUUCAUCACCAACGUGGACCAUGGGACUGGAGCUUUGGUCAUCAGUUCUUUGCUGGACUUCCUGACCUUCGCCUUGUGUGCGCCGUACAGCGAGACCACAGAGGGUCAGCAGUUCGACAUGCUGCUCGAGAUGGUCGCCUCCAACGGACGAACGCUAUUUAAACUUUUCCAGCACCCUUCCAUGGCGAUUGUGAAAGGAGCAGGCCUGGUCAUGAAGGCCAUUAUUGAAGAGGGAGACAAGGAGAUUGCCACAAAGAUGCAGGAGCUAGCACUGAGUGAAGGAGCCCUGCCGAGGCAUUUGCACACGUCCUUGUUUACCAUCAGCUCUGACCAGAGAAUGCUUACAAACAGGCAGUUGAGUCGACACCUUGUUGGACUGUGGACGGCGGAAAACCCUGUUGCGAUGAACUUGUUGAAAAGAAUACUUCCGACGGGGUUACUGGCGUACCUCGACAGCGCUGAUGCAGUUCCAGAGAAAGAUGUCGAUCGAAUGCACAUCCGGGACAACUUGAAACUUGCCACGGAUCAGCUGAAUCGCAACAAGGUGCCUGAGUGGCAGCGAUUAGCGGGAAAGGCCGCCAAAGAGGUAGAAAAGUUUGCCAAGGAGAAGGCUGAUGUGGUUCUGAUGCACUGGAGAGAUAAGAUGGGCAUCGCUCAGAAGGAGCAGGACAGAAAUAACCUGAACCCCAACCAGAAACCAGUGAUUUUAAGAAAGCGAAGGCAGCGAAUAAAGAUCGAAUCAAACUGGGAGUUGUUUUACUACAGAUUUCAACUCGACCACGCUCGCUCCAACCUCAUCUGGAACCUGAAGACCCGCGAGGAGCUGCGUGACGCUCUGGAGGGAGAGAUGCGGGCGUUUGGCGUGGACCGAGAGCUGGGCAGCGCCACGGUCAUCUCCUGGAACCAUCAGGAGUUUGAGGUCAAAUACGACUGCUUGUCUGACGAAAUCAAAAUCGGAGACUAUUAUCUACGACUGCUUCUGGAGGAAGACGAAAACGAGGAAUCGAAUGCCAUUAAGAGAUCAUACGAGUUCUUUAACGAGCUCUACCACCGCUUUCUGCUCACGCCCAAAGUCACGAUGAAGUGCCUAUGCCUGCAGGCUCUCGCUAUAGUCUACGGAAAGUGCUAUGAAGAGAUCGGUCCGUUCACUGACACUAAAUAUAUUGUAGGAAUGCUUGAUCGAUGUACUGACAAACUGGAAAGAGACAGGCUCAUUGUCUUUCUCAACAAACUCAUUCUGAACAGGAAAAAUGUGAAAGAGGUGAUGGACUCAAACGGAGUGCGGAUUCUGGUGGAUCUGCUGACUCUGGCCCAUCUCCACACGAGCCGAGCCACCGUCCCGCUGCAGAGUAAUGUUCUGGAAGCUUCACCUGACAUGAAAAGGGAAAGUGAAAAAGAGUGGUACUUUGGGAACGCCGACAAAGAACGAAGAGGCCCGUUUGGUUUUGAGGAGAUGCAGGAGUUCUGGAACACGGGAGUUCUUACUGCCAAAACCCGCUGCUGGGCUCAGGGAAUGGACGGGUGGCGCCCCCUGCAGGCCAUCCCACAGCUGAAGUGGUGUCUUCUGGCAUCUGGACAGGCGGUGAUGAACGAGUCGGACCUGGCAACCCUGAUCCUCAACAUGCUCAUCACCAUGUGCUCCUACUACCCCAGCAGAGACCAAGACAACGCGAUUAUCCGACCGUUACCAAAAAUCAAGAGGUUGGUGAGCGACAACGCCUGCCUGCCCCACAUUGUUCAGCUUUUGUUGACGUUUGACCCGAUCUUGGUGGAGAAAGUGGCCAACAUCCUGUACUUAGUGAUGCAGGACAAUCCAAACCUGCAGCGUCUCUAUUUGACGGGAAUAUUCUUCUUCAUUAUGAUGUACACCGGCUCAAAUGUUCUGCCAGUUGCUAGAUUCCUGAAGUACACUCACCUGAAGCAGGCCUUCAGAUCUGAAGAGGCCAAAGGUCAGGACAUAGUGCAGCGCAGUGUGCUGGGCUCCAUCCUCCCCGAGGCCAUGGUGUGCUACCUGGAAAACUAUGAAGCCGAGCGUUUUUCGGAGAUAUUUCUUGGAGAGUUUGAUACGCCUGAGGCCAUUUGGAGCAGUGAGAUGAGGCGUAUGAUGAUAGAGAAGAUAGCUGCUCACGUGGCAGACUUCAGUCCUCGUCUGCAGAGCAACACCAGAGCCCUGUAUCAGUACUGUCCCAUACCAGUGGUAAGCUUCCCUCAGCUGGACAACGAGCUUUUCUGCAACAUCUACUACCUCAGACAUCUGUGCGACACCACCCGCUUCCCCAACUGGCCAGUCCGCGAUGCUGUGAAACUGCUGAAGGAUACAUUAGAAGCCUGGAAGAGAGAAGUAGAGAAAAAACCUCCCUCUAUGUCUGUGGACGAUGCCUACGAUGUCCUCAAUCUCCCCAAAGGACAGGGACAACAUGAGGAGAGUAAGAUCCGGAAAGCCUACUUCCGGCUGGCACAGAAAUACCAUCCUGACAAGAACACAGAGGGACGGGACAUGUUUGAGAAAGUGAACAAAGCCUACGAGUUCCUUUGCACCAAGUCCGCACGAGUAAUCGAUGGACCAGACCCAGAAAAUAUCAUUCUCAUCCUUAAAACACAAAGCAUCCUUUUCAAUCACCACAAACUAGAACUGGAGCCGUAUAAAUAUGCUGGUUACCCCAUGCUCAUCAAAACCAUCAAGAUGGAGACGGACGACACGCAGCUGUUCUCCAAAACCUCCCCCCUCCUCCCGGCCGCCGCUGAACUGGCCUUCCACACGGUCAACUGCUCCGCCCUCAACGCAGAGGAGCUGAGGCGGGAGAGCGGCAUCGAGAUUUUGUUGGAGGCGUUGUCGCGGUGUGUUGCGGUUCUGACGGCGUCCAGUAAACCUGAUGACAUGGCAGUGCAGGUGUGCGGGCACAUCUGCAAGUGCUACAGCGUCGCUGCACAGUUCGAGGAGUGCAGAGAGAAGAUCAUAGAACAACCCAACAUCAUCAGGGACAUCUGCCACAUCCUCUACCACGGGAGAGGGCUCCCCAAAACAGGCACCUUGGCCGUCCAGUGCGUCAGCUCCUUCGCCGUGGACUUCUUCCUCCAGACCCACCUGUACCACGCAGGCGUCCUCUGGCAUCUGCUGGUCAACCUCUUCAACUACGACUACACGCUAGAGGAGAGCGGCGUCCAGACCAGUCAGGAGACCAACCAGCAGGAAGUGUCCAACAGCCUGGCCAAGCUCAGUCUGGUGGCCCUGAGCCGACUGGGAGGCUACCACCCCACCGCCCCCAGCCCAGAGGGGAACAACCUCCCAGAGACCAACGGCAUCGAGGGAGUACCUCCAGAGAACCCCACCAUCCGCAAGAGCUUAGCUGCCAUGCUAACACCGUACAUCUCAAGGAAGCUGGGGACUGGUGCUCCGGCUGAGGUGUUAAAGCUGCUCAAUAGUAACUCUGAGAACCCCUACUUGAUUUGGAACAACGGCACCCGAGCUGAACUGCUGGAGUUCCUCGAGUCUCAGCAGGAGGGAAACAUCAAGAGGGGAGAAAAUGACAAACACUUUGGAGCAGACUUUAUGUUUGAAGAUCACAAUAAAGAGCUGAUUGUGGGAGAGAUUUUUGUGCGAGUUUACAAUGAACAACCAACAUUCCCUCUGGAGUACCCGAAAGCCUUUGCUGCCAGUCUCUUGGACUACGUCGGAUCUCAGGCCCAGUAUCUGCACACUCUUCUGGCCAUGAGUCAGAGCAACAAAGUGGAGUCCCAGCAGCACGCCGAGAGACUGCGAUUCGCUGAAAUGGCUUUAGAGGCGCUUCGCAACGUCAUUAAGAACAACCCAGGGUCUGAAACAGAAUGCAUCGGUCAGUUCAAGCUGCUCUUCUCUCUCCUGCGGGUUCACGGAGCGGGCCGGGUCCAGCAGCUUGUUUUGGAGGUCGUAAACACUGUAACUUCAAAUCAAGAAUGUGUGACCAAUAUCGCAGAAUCUCUCGUAUUGUCCAACCUCCUCCUGCUGCUCCACUCAUUACCUUCCAGCAGACAAAUUGUGCUGGAGACACUGUACGCACUGACUUCUAACACAAAGAUUGUCAAAGAGGCUAUGUCCAAAGGAGCUUUGCUCUAUUUGCUGGAUCUCUUCUGUAACUGCACUCACCCCCAGGUCCGCACACAGACGGCAGAGUUAUUCUCCAAGAUGACGUCAGAUAAACUUGUGGGACCUAAAGUUCGCCUCACGCUCAUGCGCUUCCUCCCCGGGGUCUUCAUGGACGCCAUGCGGGACAACGCCGAGGCCGCGGUGCACAUCUUCGAGGGGACGCACGAGAAUCCAGAACUCAUCUGGAACGACAGCUCCAGGGAGACGGUGUCCACCACGGUUCGAGAAAUGAUGCUCGAACAUUUCAAGCAGCAAAAGGACAAUCCGGACGUGAACUGGAGAUUGCCGGAGGUCUUCACGGUGGCGUACGGAGCGGGACAGGGAGAACUGGAAGUGGGCGGCGUGUUCUUGCGGAUCUUCAUCGCUCAGCCGGGCUGGGUCUUAAGGAAGCCUCGCGAGUUCCUGGUGUCGCUCCUGGAGACGUUGACCGAGCUGCUGGAGAAGAAUAACCCCAAUGGGGAGGCGUUGGAGACCGUCACCACAGCAGCAGUCUGCCUCUUCAGCACCCAGACCCAGCUCGCCGACCAAGUGCCUCCUCUGGGCCACCUGCCGCGCAUCCUGGCGGCGCUCAAACACCGGAACAACGCCGUUCCCAAGAGCUCCAUCCGCCUCAUUCACGUUCUUUCCGACAACGAGCUCUGCGUGCGCUCCAUGUCGGCCCUGGAGACUAUCGGACCGUUAAUGGCUGGUAUGAAAUCCAGGGCGGAUAUGGCGGGUUUGGCGUGCGAAGCUCUCAACCGUAUGUUCCAGAAAGAGCAGACUGAACUUGUGGCGCAGGCUCUCCGCGUGGACCUGGUGCCGUACCUCCUAAAGUUGUUGGAAGGAAUCGGUUUGGAGACGUUAGAUAACCCAUCAGCCACAAAGGCUCAGAUUGUAAAAGCACUUAAGUCCAUGACCCGCAGUCUGCAGUAUGGAGAGCAGGUCAAUGAGAUUCUUGCAAAGUCUUCUGUGUGGAGUGCCUUCAAAGACCAGAAACACGAUCUCUUCAUCUCAGAUUCUCAAACUGCAGGAUACUUGACAGGGGUGUCCACUCCUUCUCUCCUGGCUGCCAGCAGCCCACUGCGAGGUCCAGGAGUGGCGGGCUAUCUGACAGCUGGCACCGGCUCCACGGUAAUGUCCAGCGUGCCUCCCCCUGUGGACAAUGACGUGGGAGACCAAGGCUGA